AUGUUUGUGGCAGGCAAAAAAUCAUCAUUGCCCUGUUGGGGCCGAAUUGCGCUCUGUUCGCCUUCCGAUCUGAUGCCGCACUGCAAGUCUCCGGUUUAUUGUUUGUUGGCUGCUCGAUCGUUUCUUUUUCCCAUCCCAGAUCGUCCCUCUCCAACACCCCGCUUCCUCUCGCUUCCUGCCUCUUCGCUCGUCUCUCUUUGUUGUCUGUUUUUUUUCCUUCCAGGCUUCUUUUGGAGACCCGUUUCGGUUCACCCUACCAGACGACACAUCUCUCAGGUCGGACUAGAACGAGGGCGCUCUCGCUCUCGGGCUUGUCUCCCUGUUGCCUCUUCUGAGGACGCGAACGACUCGGUACGUUCGGUCGACUGA